UCCCUCGGGGCAGAUUCCCGCGGGCGCUAUUUCUGAUACUGGUAGAGUGAUGUCAGGGUGACAGCUCACACCUAACUGUUAGCAGCCUGGGGCGAGUAUCAUAGUUGAAGUGAACUUGGCAGAGUGUGACAUGGGACCUGUCAGGGAGCAGUGUACGGCAGACAACAUGUACAUGUUGGAGAAGUGCAAGCAGCGGGCAGACGACACCAUAGAGAAGGAGUCCGAGCACCUGUACCAGCUGAGCCAGGAUAUAUGGAGGGAGCCUGAGCUGGCCUAUAAGGAGCAAAGUGCCCACCGGACCCUCACCCAAUUCUUCUCCAGCAGAUCGUGGCAGGUACAAGAACAUUACCACCUGGACACGGCUUUCCGGGCACACUGGAGCUCCGGGCCCUCCGCCUGCCUGCAUGUGGCAUUCCUGUGUGAGUAUGACGCCCUGCCCGAGCUGGGCCAUGCCUGUGGGCACAACCUCAUCGCUGAAGUGGGGGCGGCCGCGGCGCUGGGGCUCAGGGCUGCUAUGGAGAGUGUGGCGUCCAUAGUCCAGGUCAAGAUUACAGUAUUGGGAACUCCUGCGGAGGAAGAAGGUGGAGGUAAAGUUGACCUUAUAAAGGCUGGUGCCUUUGAAGACGUAGACGUAGUGUUCAUGGCACACCCUGCCCAGGAUGAUGCAGCCUAUCUGCCUGAUGUUGCCGUACAUGAUGUGACUGUGAAAUAUUAUGGAAAAGCUUCUCAUGCUGCUGCAUACCCAUGGGAAGGAAUUAAUGCUUUAGAUGCUGCUAUUCUUGCAUACAACAAUCUGUCUGUCUUAAGACAGCAAAUGAAACCAACCUGGAGAGUUCACGGAAUAAUAAAACAUGGUGGGGUGAAACCUAACAUUGUUCCAUCAUACACUGAGCUGGAAUUUUAUUUGCGUGCACCAUCACGCAAAGAACUCGAUGAUUUAGAAAAAAAGGCCAACGCUUGUUUUAAAGCUGCAGCUGCUGCGACUGGAUGCAGAGUGGAGGUGUGCUCAUCUGGUCAUGAUUAUUACAAUGUGCUUCCAAAUAAGUUUCUGGCAAAAGCUUACAGAGAGAAUGGCAAACAAUUGGGAAUGAAAUUUACAACAGAUGAACUAGUAUUAAAUGCGCUGUCAGGCUCUACGGAUUUUGGAAAUGUCACGUUUGAAGUCCCUGGAAUUCAUCCUUAUUUCUUUAUUGGCUCGGAUGCUCUUAAUCACACUGAAGAGUACACAAAGGCUGCUGGCUCAAAAGAAGCUCAGUUUUAUACUCUUCGAACAGCCAAAUCAUUAGCCAUGACAGCCUUAGAUGUGAUCUUCAAGCCAGACUUGCUGAAGAGUGUUCGGGAAGAAUGGAAAAGAGUGAAACAGAUUGAGGAAAAUGGCGAUUCUGUUUCACCUGAAAAGUCCAGAGAGUCCAGUGGCGGAGCAGCUUGUGCCUCGUGCUGAGCAUUUGUUUCAAAGAAGCGGGGUUAAGUGCUGAGGCUAGUUCACACAGAACCAUAUAAAUAAAAGCCCCUGUGGGAUGCACUUAAAGGGAAUAAGGUUGAAAUGUGAAGAGAAGCCUAUGUGUGUAUAUAUAUAUAUAGAGUGGAACCUCGGAUUACGAGCAUAAUCUGUUCCAGGAGAAUGCUCGUAAUCCA